CACAACCAACUAAAUACGAAGUUGGUCUAGGUCUUUGGUUUCUGGAUUACGAAAACACAAAAGUAUAAUUUUAUAGUAUGGAGAAGUAGAUGAAUAUGUUCCGGGGGAAGGGAAAGUCGAAAAGUUCACAGCAUAGUGAAACUGGACGUGAAUCUGGAAAGUCGGGUGUGUCAGUCCUAGAUGGGUUAAAUCAGGAAGCCCAUUUUGAAGUAUGUUUCCUUGGAGUUGUUCGAGAUAUCAACAUGGGCACAUCCCGCAAGCGAGACAAAGAGGCCCAAUUGGUUGACCAGGUAGAGGAAGCCCAGAUUGAUGGUAAACUUCCACUAUCACCAAGAGAUGAAGAUAAAGUAUUCAUCACCAUAUCCAGACAUGGUCUGAAGGUGUUAGACUCCACAAAGAAGGAGGUUCUACAGAGACACCCACUCCAUAUCAUUGCUCAAGUGGUGCAUUAUGAGGAUGGUUUUGGUAAACCCAAUGUUGCCUUUAAAAUUGGACAACUACAGCACUCAAAGGACACAUGUAUAUACCAGUGUUACGUCUUCCAGUGUCCAAAUGAGGAUCAAGCCCAAGCUGUAUGUCAAAGUUUAAGGAACAUUUUCAAUGUUAUAACUGUCCAGUGAAUCCUUCAUCAUGAUGUCAGGAUAAUUGUCCUGAGAUUCUCGUCAAAAGAACAGAAAUUUACUGGGCCAGAUAUUAUCAUCAAAAGUACAGAAACUUACUGGUUCAGUGAAUACUACUUUUCAAAAUAUCAAAAACACCAGUUUCAAGGAUCCUAUUUUUGAAGAUAUCAAGAAUAGUCAAUUGAGUUCUGCAUUCAUCUUUCUUGUUUGAAUAGAUCACUGGUUGAUGUGAUGACACAAACACUACCUUAGGAUGUUCCAUGCAUGUAAUGGGUGUUGUGACUUUCACAGAUACUUGAACAACCCAGUACACUUCUCAAGUAAAGUUUCCUUGUAAAGAAGAUGCUGAGUAGUAAAAAUGUGUCUCUGUGAACGUAUUUUACAUAUCACCGUGUGUUCAUUGAAGACUUUCCCUACUGCUGGACAGUAGAUUAUGAACGGUUGUGAUGCAUUUGUUUGCUAUUUUUUAUUUAACAAAUAAAAUUAUCUUUAUUAAAGUUA